GUUAUAUCGUUAUCUUGUAUAGAAUUAUGUGUCUAAUGAUAAAAAUAGGAAGAUGAUAUGAAGAUUCAGGAUUUAAAAAAAACGAUAGAAAAGUGAGAAACGUUAUUUAUUUUUGAAUCAUUAUCCAUAAUCACAUCGUUGAGGAACGCUGCAGGAGCAGCGAACCCUUCAUGUCUGGCAUAUCCUAGAUACCACACAAUGGAAACUAUAUGAGCACAAGUGCCGAUUGUUCGUCGUCCGGUCAAACUCGUGCAGUAAUAAUUGCAUAAAAUGUUAUGGAUAUUCGUUUGGUUUUCAUUAACAUUGUUUUUUACCAAUAUAUAAAAAUAAUAAGUUUUGGAUCACACGUGACGCGACUGUAUGCGUCCGCGGAAAAGCCAAGUAUCUUCGUUUAUGCCAUAUUCAAUUAAAUCUUCGAAUGCGCUUUCUCUACAUAUUUCUAAAAUGUAUAAUCCAUUUGACAAAUGCUCGCUGCAGUAGGAUCGUGCUAGCUUUAGCUGGUAGGUGCCUAAAGAAAGUAAAAUAAUCUGUUCUUCCGUCAGUAGUGGGAAGUUCUGUAUGUCUUGACUUAAAGAAAUGAUUAUUUGAAAAUCCGCUCUUCGAUUAUUUAAACGUUUUGUUUCUACAUAAUCAUAAAGUAUAUUUGGGGAAUCUAUUUUUCUCCUGAUUAUGUAUAGGAAGGCCUCUGCGUGAAUGUUGUCAUCGAUGGGUAUGUGCAAUUUAUUUAUUAAAGCUGAGGCGAUUUCAAAAUCAAUAAACAUUUUCGGUAGUGUUUUAUUAAAGUAAAUUUGCCGCAAAAGCUUAAAAUCUCUCUUGAACCUCUCGUUCACCACUUCCACUACCCACCGGCAUAUUGUAACUGAUCGAGCUUCAUUACUUUGCUCAGUAGUUAACUGCGUCUCCCAUCUGUAUUUAGAUGGUGGAACUUAGGUUUCAUAUCCACAUGCUUCGAUAGCAUCUAAGCUGUCCCGGAAGGUGCGAACUAAUAUAAAAACAUCGUUCGGUUGAAGAAAGCAAUGUAAUAGGUUUUCUUGAUCAUUCACUAUGUCGCUCAUUUCAUUCAUUUCAUUUCAUUUUUUUCAUUUUCGUGUUUUCAAUCAUAGGUACUAUGUAAUAUUAUCGUAUUUUUGCAAUUAUGAUGUCAACUAAAACUGGAACUUUGGGGGCUUUCCGUGGUUUUCAGACAAGGUUUUGGGACAAGUCGCCAUAGUAAAUAUUUUUCCAGAUUAUAAGAGCUAUCCAAUGACACCAAAUUGAUUUCUAUUGGUGCGUGUACCAAAAUGCCCAUUCUCCUUUUUUAAAUAUAAUUCAAAAAAAUAGCUCUUUGUUUUAUUGAAGUAUAAUAGCACUUUUUCUGUAAAACGUGAUAAAUACUAGAAAAUACUUGGAUUACUUUGAAUACAUAAUAUAGAAAUUUUCAGGGCACAUAAAAAGCUUAAAAAACAAUAAAACAUGUAAUUAAUAUUAAACGAGGAGGAAAAUGGCAUAGCUAAAAAUCGAGUUUUAGCCAAUAGAUUGUCUCUCACUGUUACCAAAUAGAUUAUAAUGUAGUUAAAAGCAAGGAGGAAAUUAAAUUAAAUCUAAAACUUCGGCUGUAUGGAUCUAGUUAAGUUCGCAUUCAUAGAUAAAAUUAAAACAUGGAAAUGUCAUGUCAUUAUGUCAGUUUGAUUGACAGUCCCUCUGUCAUUGUCAAAAUAUCGAUUACAUUUCGUUUAUUUUUUUACAAUUAAUUUUUAUUUUAAGUUUAAUCAACACUGAUUCUGCUAUAAGUAUUCAAAGUGUUUAGUUAUUUAAAUAUAGAUUGAUAUUAACAAGAUUCUUUUUUGAAUAUCGCUCCGUCCGCCUGUUUGUAAACAUGAAUUUGGAGACCAACAGGCUCAAUACAUUUGCGAAUUGGCCCUCAUCUGCGCCAGUGGACCCAAUUAGGAUUGCAAAAGCGGGUUUUUACUAUACGGGCGAGGGUACGGAGGUGCAGUGUUUUAGUUGCGGAGGCAAAAUAUCGGAAUGGAACUACGGUGAUCAAGUGAUGUGGCGUCAUAGGCAUUUGGAACCUAACUGUGAGUUUGUGGUAAAUCCGAGACUCUCAGGAAAUGUUCCUUUAGUUUUAAAUACGGACUGUCCUUUAAACGUGGACUCCUCUACAUCUUGGUCUGCUCCUGAAGAAAGUAAUAAUGAUAAUGCUGAUACAUCACAGGAUUAUGGCUUGACUGAUGAAGAUGUUAUGUAUCAAAUUGAUGCUCUACGUCUCUUAUCAUUUAGUAAUUGGAACGAUACAUCAGUGUCACGAGAGGCACUUGUUAGCGCAGGUUUUUAUCAUGUCGGAGAGGGUCGAUUGCGGUGUGCAUGGUGCGGUGGUGAACUUGCUCCCUUUAGGCGAUUUGGAUCACUUGGACCUCCACUUGAAGUACAUAGAAUGUACUUCCCCAGGUGCGCGCAUGCGGCCUCAUUGGAGAUAGCGCAACAGGCCAAUAACAUUUCACCGCCGUCUUCAUCGCCAUCGCAAACACCACCAGUGCAAUCGCCACCGGAAAUAAUUGAAAAUCAGCGCCAAUCGUCGGGCGCGGAACACAACGCCCGCUUGUUAGAAUGCGGUCGUACGUGGCGUGCUCUCGGUGUAGUGAGCGGUGGCGCGAGACAUCCUACCCGCUCGUCGCUCGCUGCCAGACUGGCGACCUUCGAACGGUGGCCCGCUGACCGACAUCAGGCCCCGCAAGCAUUAGCCGAAGCUGGUUUUUUCUAUACCGGCACUGAUGACCAGGUCCGUUGCUUCUACUGCGACGGCGGUCUUGGCAAGUGGGAAGCGGGCGAUACGCCUUGGUCGGAGCACGCGCGUUGGUUCCCACACUGCGGAUACGUGCUGCUCGUUAAAGGGCAAGAGUUCGUCGACACAUGCAAGAAUCAUUCCUCGGUGCAGCGGACUUUUUCAGCAGACACUGGAUUAUGUUCUAGACGAAGAAAUCCUGGUGUCAAUUUCCCUAUAACAGAGAGCCAGGUGGAAGAAUGUAUGGAGAGCGGGGCAGCUUUAGCGGCGCUCGGCGCUGGCUUAGACGCGGCGCGGGUACGAAGAGCAUUGGCCCGAAGAUUACGCAGUACUGGUCUUCCGUUCAGUUCGUCGGAAGCGCUUAUAGACGCCGUUCUAGACGAGCAACUGAACGAAGAGGCGUGGAGCGUAUCGCCGCACAGCCAACGCUUGGCGCGCGACAUUCUAGCGGAGACUUUGAGGGAAUUCGCACCGGGUGCUGGAGUGAUACCAUCGCAAUGGGACGACAGACCGGAAAGUCAGAGAUCACAAUCGGCAUCACCGCCCCGAUCACCAACUCCUACUCUCCCCCAAGUCUCCACCCCUCUUAAUCUUCAAGUAAAUAAUACACCCAAAGCAGAAACAGAUAAAACGAACAGUACAGCGAAUGGUUUUGAAGAAACCAAGAGCGAAGGCAGCCCCGUCAAAGAGAAAAAACCGAUGUCUUUGGAAGAGGAGAACCGCCAGUUGAAAGAGGCCAGACUGUGUAAAGUCUGUAUGGACAGCGAGGUGAGCGUGGUAUUCCUGCCUUGCGGUCAUUUAGUGUCUUGUGCCCGGUGUGGGGCCGCGAUAUCUGCAUGCCCUUUAUGCCGAUGCGGGGUCAAAGCAUUGGUCCGCGCUUACCUCGCCUGACCACACUCACAGGACACUGUCGGCUAUCUGCGUAAGUUAAGAGUUGACCAAGACGUGUUACCAAGGAAUGUUGGAUGAUUCAAGUGCAUUAGUUGGUGUUCUGUUUGUCAUAGUGAUCUGAUUAUUGUUAGCGGAGAGAUAGUUAUUCUAGUGUUCGUAUUACGCGGUAUUCAUAGGCCUACAUAAGAUGUAAGCUUGUAGUGUGUAUCAGUGAAGUUGCAAUGUCAUUGCCAGUGUUAAAAAUGUUGGUAUUAAGUAGUCUGUAUUAUAGCUAGGUAUUUGGCGUUUGUUUUAUAAGUUCAGUUUGGUAACUAAUUUAAUUAGAAACGGUGGAAUACUUGCACUGGAAUGAGAUAUUAUGAUAUAUAAUAGCAAUGUAAUAGGAAAGCAUUUUUAAUUUGGUCAACUUAUCAUGUCCUACACCGGUUUUUGUUACAACGGAUUUUGAACCUUUGUUCUUUGAUAUAAAGCUUAAAAUUGAUUGAGAUAAUUUGUCACUGUAAUAUUAAUAUGGUGCAAGAUUCUAAAUACGAUAUUUCAAUAAAAAAGUAAUAUGUAUCGUGAUAAGUAUAGUAAACAAUUGUCUAUUGGCAGUUUUGGAAAUGGAGCGUGAAUAAAUUUUAUCAUACUAUAAAUAGCUUUCGUGAUAUAUUUUAUUUUAAAGAUUAAAGAAUCAAGCCUUAUAUUUACUUACUAAAAGUCUUAAAAAUUUAAUGUAAUUCGUAGGGCCACAUCACAUAUAUUGGUAAUAUAAAUUUAAAUAUUAUGUAUCGGAUAAAUUGAUUCUAAAAAUGCUAGUAUGAUAAUUAUGUUGCUAUAUAAAGCAAAUUAAAAGUAUUACUAUUGUAAUGUAAAUGUUUGUAUUAUAGUUUGAUAAUAGUAUGAUGCUUUUUAGUCAAAGUCUAGUUAUCAUAGUGUAAAAUAAAUUCUGUAUCUCAUCUUGAUUUAUCAAUAUCAUUAUAAAUAAGUCUACAAUUGAAAAAUAUUUGCAGUAAGUAUCGGCAAAAAGCCGAUAAUUGCUUUUGGAAAAUUUAAAAACAAACGGGAAGAUUGUCGACUAUUAAUUUAAUUACAAGCGACUUACGACUAAAAGUCUAAGAACUCCCGAAGUACAUACACGGUACAAAUUAUCUCGAAAUUUGUUUUCUAAAAUCAAUAUUUUUAUUAUUUGUUAUAAUAAUAUAAUGAUUGAUAUCGGUAGCUUUUGUUUGUAAUAAAUUUUGCUGGGUACAUCCAUCACUAUGGUAAAUAAAAUUACAAAAUGACAAAGUUUUACGUUUACGGCUUUCUUUUUUCUUUAAAUUUAAAGCAAGCUUUUGAAUAAUGGAAGCUCAUUAUUGACUCAUACCUUAAAAGGAAAAUUUGUUCGGAACUUUAAAAAAUAUAUCCAAUUGAUGGUUUUGGGGAAACAGUGGAUUUAUAGAAAGUUACAGUUUAAUAAAUAAUUAAUGACUUUUGGGCAAUUUUAAUGACACGACUGCUCUAAUUUAUUUUCUUUAUUCAUCAAUCAUAACCAGAGCAAAUGAAAUUAUAUUGACUAAUAUGGGGAAUUACAUUAGAUUUUGUGGUAAUUAAUGUGGUAACAAUAGGUUAGUAUUAGUCAUGAGUAAUCAGCAUCACAAUGAAAUAUUUGUAGCCUUUAUUCAUCAUUGUUAUACUGGUAAGCGUUUAAUUUGAACAAACGAUCCAAUUGAUAUAAGAUUUUAAAGUUUUAGUUAUUUAAGACUACGUAAACAUGACCCCAAAAAUAUUUCUUUUAAUAAACGGUUUCAUGUUUAAUAUCACGUAAUAUCAGGCUAAGUAGUUAGGUAUAGUUUAUAAUAUCCUGCGUUGUAUAAUUUCAGAGACUAACUUGAGAUCUUUUCUGAUGCAGAUUUUUUAAUAAGGAAGGAAAUUUAUUAUAACAAAGAGCUUCCAAUUGAUGUCUCAGUGUUAUUGCCUUUGAGGACUUUUGGAUAAGUUUUAAUAAAAAUAAACAUGUAUAAUAUAACACUCUUUGAAGGGCCUAAGCGCGAUAUAUUUAAGUUUCUUUGAAAACCAAGCAGCGACGUACUGGACACAAGAACAAACUGGCUUCUCUUAAACAAAAUAUGACGACGACGCGACGCGAUUACGGAUCUAUCAAAGUUCGCGCUAGAGACCGUUUUAGACCCGUUCAAAAAGUGUUGUAUUAAAUGAUUAAUGUGCGUGAAAACAUUAAAAUUUAAUAUUAAUCUGUAUGUUUACCCACUUUAUACCGUCGUUUUAAAACAACUCACAGAGAAAAAUAUUACAAAAGAUGCAGGCACGUAAUUUUUUUUUUCAUGUUGUUCGAUAAUUGACUGAUACUAAUGAUUUCAUUUCAUUUCAAUAAAGUGCUUUAUCGACUUAGUUUAUGUGUCAAAUAUAAUAUAAAAAUAAUAAUUUUUCAUGUUAUUACGUAAAAACAAUAUCACAAUCAGACAUGACUUAAGGGGUUAAGGGCUGUGAAAAAUUAAGUAUGGCUUGGUUGAGAUUCAGAAAAUUAUGUGAUAUAUUUGAAAUCUCCAUUCUUUCUCUAUCAAUGCAUUAGAUAAUACAAUAAACUCUGUAUAUAUCUAUGUUUAAACGUUAACGUUUACUAAAUAAUAAACAAAAUUUAAUUAAUAGCUUAAAGGGAUGUCUGAUUUUAAGUUAACAUUUAAAUUUAUUUUUGCAAUAAAAUCUAUACAAAUAAAAUGUGGUUUCCCGGCAAUAUUAUUUAAGAAACAUGUGUCGUAUUGUAUUCGCAAAAGCACUUAUUAUUUACUAAACGUUAAUGAAAUCUUAUCUACUUAUUUUAAGAACAGUUAUACUAAUUGUUUUAGUGAAAAACUAAGGUGUUUCAUUUCUAUUGUUAUUUUGUUAUACGAGUGCUUAAAUAAAUUAUAUUAAUUUAAUUCAACUCUUCCAGUUAAAUUUGAUUCACACUCGAAAUGAUUGUUUUUAGUAAGAUCGAUUUUUAACCCCUAAAGUUUAAGAGUGACUGAAAAAAAUUAAAGAUUUAAGAUGAAGAGCUUUAUUAAUCAUCAUCAUGUGUAUAGUUAUGUGUGUAUGUAUAUAUAUUUAAAUUAAUUGUAGUAUGUAUGUAUGUGUAUUCCUUUCGUAGUAUGUUUUAUAUAUGUAUCUAUGUUAAUUCGUUUAUAUUUUUAUUAUUAUUUAUUAUAUCAAUAUUUAUGUGUAUAUUUAGCUUUAUACCGCCGUUCGAGGUUUCUUUUUUCCCAAAGGUUGACUGGGAGAGAAUGCUAUUAGCAUUAAGUCCGCUUUUUGUACCAUUCUCUUGUAUUUUGGUCAAUAAAGCUUAAAUAAAUAAUCCAAAUUCCGUGCGAUAGUUCUUAUAAAAUAAAUACGUGAUUUUAGCGGUUUUUGCCCUGUGACCUGCGAACCGACCCGCUGCGGCCCGACAUAAUGUGCGCGAAUCUUAAUUGUCUAAUCCUUUCAUUGUACACUUUUUAUUUGAUAUUUUUAACUUCAAUUGUGAAGAUUCUAAAUACAAUGUUUCAAUAAUAAAUAAAAAGGUUUUGUGAUAGUAUCUAAAUUAUACCAGUUUUGGAAACGGAGCGUGAAUCAAUUUAAUUAUAACGACUAUAUAAUAGUUUUCAUUAUAUUUUUUUUAGUAAGAGUGAAAAAUUGCAUGUUUGAAAAUAUUAAGGAAUCGAGCCUUAUAAUUGCUACCUCCAAAGAACCAUGUCAAAGCUACGUAUACAUAUAGACAAAGUCAAAUUUACAUUGACUGCGCGUUUUAUCGAUGCCAAUAUGAACUGACGUGGCCUACACUGUACGUUCACGUAAAUGUGUUAUCGUGUAAUUGUAAUGGUGCAAUUAUGGGUCCUAUAGAAGCUACUUCUUAUCGAUUUAAGUAGUUGUUAAUUUAUAGUUUAUGCUAUGACGAAGAUUUCGAUAAAAACGGAAUAAUAAAUUGCAUUAUACAGUAUCGUUUUUAUUUGUCACCAAUUUUUAUAUCCCAGCUCAGCAUAACUAUUAUGGCAAAUAACCAAGUCGAUUAUCCAUUCGUAAUCCGCAAUUAAAGUCAAGUCAUAUAGUAUCACAUAAAUUGAUCUACGACUUCACAUGAGUGCAAUAGAACAUUGCCGUAAUUGAAAAUGUUGUAAAGCAUUUUUGAUAUAUAGGUACCAUAAUUAUAAAGAUGAUGUCAUUUGAAAUCUUCCUGUUAUUUGCUAUUCUAUUAUAAGCCUAUGCUUGAAUCAGCGUCAUGGCAUAGAUUGAAAUCGUCAAGGAUGGAACUCAUCACUCACUCAUCCGUAAAAACCCAGUCUUGAAUAAAGUUAUUGUUAAUGCAACUUAUAAAUCGAUUAAUUUUUAGAUAAUUCUAAGAUUUUACAUUAGAUUCAAAAAGGUAGGAUCCAAAGAGUAUUCCGACAGUAGAAAGGCAAAAUCGCUUUAUUUAAAAAGAUGGAAUUAGUUUUUUUUACGUAGAUUUGUUUGUUUCAUUAAAACUUUAGCACUUUUUUGGCGCUUAUUUAAGCUUAAGCUUUAAUAUUUUUAAAAAAAUCAUUACAUUCAUAUUAUUGAUUGUUAUCCAACGUCGCGUCAGUCGCUUACCUUAUUAUUUGAGGUAUGAUAAAAAUAUGUUUUUUGCUUCACUAGAAAUGUAUAACGGCUCGAGUGAUUUUCGCUUAAGCGACAUCCAUCUUUCUGAUCUCUUCUCAUUUACAACGUGUGUUUUUUUGUAAAAAAAUAUUGUAAUUUUUGUGUAGUUUCUAAAGUAAAGCAAUUUCGCUUAUCUACUGUCAAUUUGUUUUAUUUCAAAAUUGAUUUUUAUUUGAUUUCAGUCCUGCUUUAUAUUUAUUGGUAUAAUACAAUAGUGGUCGUGUUAUUUUUAACUUUUAUUGCAUGCUUCGAACCAAAAAGAUCUUUUAAUCGUAAAACGAUUGAAAUGUGUUAUUUGUAAGCAGUCUCCAAUAUUGUUUUAUCCGUUGUCAGCACACACGCACUCCUGUAACGCCACGAAAGGAUUGAUUUAUGCGAACCAACUAUAUUAUAAUUAGGUACUAACUGAUUCAUCAUUUCAAUGAUUUUUCAGUUGAAAGUGUGAUAUAUUUUUAGGAAUAGUAACAUUUGUAUAGCUAUUAUUAUUUACAGCUUGCUUGUAUCCACAUUUUAUUAACGAAUUAUCAUACUUUUAUUUAUAGUGAGCAACAUUAUUUUAUGGACUUGUAAAAUAUUGUUUCAAAUAGGUUUAUCGUAUAUACUGUAAUGCUAAUAUAUUGGUUCCAAACCUCUCAAAAGCUUUUUAUUGUUAUUUUAUGUUUUUCAAAUUAACAUUGAUCAUGAAUUUGUAUUUGUGUUCAUCAGCUUAUGUGAUACACUUUAUCUACAAUCGAUAUCGCCCCUACCGGACGUAAGAACAAAACUAACACAUAUACAAUAUACAAUAAUAUAGAUGUUUGACAUUAAACCCUUAAUUAUAUUUAUCUGUCGUGUUGUGUCGUGACGCGUCAGGUGUUGGUGUCAUACAUUAAGUACGGUUAGAAUUAUUUGUGUGACACGAUGUGUCGAGGAAAUGAUACCUCUCUGACGCUUUACGACACAACACGUCAGUCAAAUAUAUUUCCGGUCUUAUUCUCUUUUAUAUAAAGAUAUAGAUAUAGUAUACGUGGGAAGGUAUUACUUAUUGGUAAAAUUAUUGGCUGUUGUAAGUAUUGGGCAAAAGCCUGUUUGAGAUACAGAACUAAACUAAAAUAGGCUUUUCUUUCGGAACAAGCACUAUUUAUUUUACGCACAUAUCCUGUAAAACAGAUGAAAAGCUUGUGAUAUCUAUAAUAGGUGUAAAAAAUAUACUUAUGUACGGGUACGCCAAAGACGAUUAGAAGAGCGAGUGCGUGCAUUGAAGCGGCACAUUGAUAAGAAGAGUGAC